AUGAGACGCAGCCCGCAACUGCCUUCGCCCCCUCGCAGAUAUCAAAGUGGUACAGCUCAACUAGUUGACCGUGACAAAGCAGUUGAGGAGGAAACGCUCCCUGGCUAUGAUCCUGAGGAGUUCUACCCUGUCCAUAUAGGUGAAAUCUUCCACCGUAAAUAUCAAGUGCUGGGCAAGCUCGGGUUUGGGGCCACCUCAACGGUAUGGUUAUGUCAUGAUCUUCGUGACCAUCGCUAUGUUACCCUGAAGGUGUAUACUCGGACGCCAACUUCGCCUCCUCAGAUCAAUCGGGAAGUUCAAGCGUACCGGCACUUGAGCACUAUUCGCUCAUCACACGCUGGGCGGCGGUUUGUACGAGAGGUCCUCGACUCCCUCGAGCUUGUUCGCGCCGAUGGUAGUCGUCACCACUGCCUUGUCCACCCACCACUACACAUAACCAUUCGGGAUUUCCAGAGGCUCGGACGCAAGUCGACUGGACUGCCAGAAGACGUGUUGAAGGGCUUGCUGCUGCAUCUCCUUCCAGCUCUUGACUUCCUCCACACAGAGGCAAAUAUAACACACUGCGACGUUAAGGCAAGCAACCUAAUGCUGACCAUUGAAGACGAGGGCGUUCUGGUAGACUUCGAGCAAGCGGAGCGCGAGAACCCUUGUCCACGGAAAGUGGUUAGCAGUGAGCGCACAAUCUACGCGUCUCGAGAUUUCCGCCACCCAGAAGACUACAAUUGGGGUUAUCCGGUGCUCUGCGAUUUCGGCGAAGCGCGGAUUGGAAGUUCUCAUCCAUACAAGGUGAUACAGCCCGAGAUAUACAGGGCGCCGGAAAUCAUCAUGGAGACGGAGUGGUCGCACAGCGUUGAUAUAUGGAAUACGGGAUGUCUGAUUUGGGACAUAUUCGAGAACAAACAUCUCUUCGAUGCACGGAACGAGGAAGGGGAGCACUCCAACCGAUUUCACGUGGCAGAAAUGGUCGCAUGUCUCGGGACCCCGCCCAUCGAGCUCCUACAACGCAGUGAGCGCGCGCCCCUUGUGUUCGACGAAGCAGGCCAUUGGAAAGGCAAUCCACCGCUUCCACAACUCUCACUCGAAGCCUCUGAGGAACAUCUCGAAGGCGCGAACAAGGCCGCGUUCCUGAACUUUAUGCGCUCCAUGCUGACCUGGUUACCCGAGGAGAGAAAUACAGCAAGAGAACUGCUCGAGGAUCCUUGGUUGUGCGGACGCGUGUAG